UAUAGUGAUCUUAUUGUGGUUUGAAUUUGCAUUUAUUUGAUAACUAAUAAUAUUGAACAUAUUUUCAUGUGGUAUUUAUAUAAUCUUGUGAAAUUUAAAUAUUGUGAUCAUUUUAAAAAAUUGUUUUCUUACUGAGUUAUAGAAGUUCAUUUAUAUUUUGAUACAAGUCCAAUGUCAGGUAUCUAUUACAGCCAUUUCUCCCUUUGUCUUUUCUUAACAGUGUCUUUGAUGUUUUAGUUUUGGUGAAGUUCAACUGAUCAUUUUUUUCCUUUUAUGAUUAGUGCUUACAUUUUCCCUGCCUAAAAAAAAUCUUUGCCUAUCCGAAGAUCACAAAGAUAUUUCCCCAUAUUGUUAUCUAAAAAUGUAGGUCCCUUUUAAGAUUUUUAUGUAGUGUUAGAUAAAGAUCAAGGCUUACUUAUAUCUGUCUGGCUAUCAGUUUUACAGCAUCAUUUACUGAGAAGAGUGUCCUUUCUUCAUUGACUUACUUUGGCACUUACAUAAAAAAUCAAUGGGGUGGUGGAGCACAGCUGGAGCAGGAGUCAAUAUGGCAGCGAGCACCAGAUGAAAUCCUUGAAAAACCUGCUGCACAUGAAGUUCAUGCAAAGGGCACUGGACUCGGAGACCAAGAAACAACUAGAAGAGGAAGAAAAGAAAAUCAUUAGUGAAGAGCACUUGUAUUUGGAUUUGCCAGAGCUUAAAGAAAAAGAGUGUUUCAUAAAAGAAAAGCAGAUUUUCUUGUUACGUGAAGAUCUUCUCUGUGGAAGAAAGUCAGAGGAUUUAAUCUUGAGGUUGAGAAUGCUUCAGAUGAAUGCUAAGAACAAAGCAGAAGAAGUUGAGGGUGAAGCAGUAGAACUCCAUGUAUCAGAUGAAGAAAUGGCCAGAAGAGAGGAGACCUUGGUGGGGACAAUUGGAAAAAAAUUUGCCAAGAAGAGAGACCAUGUCAAUUAUGAAGAAGAUGAAAAUGGACACAUAUAACCAAAAGUUAAAGUAAAGAAGAUGUUUUUAAAGCCCCAGGAUUAAAGUGGAUGCUUUAAAACAGAGCUCAGGGAAGCUUUGCAAGAGUUAGCAUAUUGUGGAACUCAUUCUGAUGGCUCUCUGUAAUUAGUAAUUAAUACUGUAAUGUUUAUUUGUAAAGAAAUGGAUACUUUUGGAAAUAUGCCAUUUUUGAAACAGAUGUGUGGUGGAUAUUAUACAUCAUUUGCUUAAUGGUGUUCAUCAAGAAUGGAUUUUUAGCCCUCGAUCUUCAAAUGUGCAUAGGUAUGUGAUUCCUUCCUAAAGAUCUUUAUGACCUCAGAUUUUUUUUUUCAGAUUUUUUUAAUAGACUUUUCCAGUCACUGACCUUGAAUUGACACACAUUAAUUAAACUAGUGUUUAAGUUGUCCUUAUGUUUAUAUUUUACUUUAAGUUAUUAA